AUGUCAGACCUGAACGAGCGAGACCCUGCGAGAGCAGCCAACGAGUGGCAGAAUCUCCCAGGAAAUCAGCCCAACAACAACAAGGUUCCGCGGAACAUGAUGAAGCUUGUUAUGGCUAGGUGGUCUCAAGUCGUUCCAAUCCACUACAGCACAAUCCUCGGAGGCCCGCAGGCAAAUGCCGGACAACUCGAGAGUGUCAUCAAAAAGUCCGUAGAUACCAUCACCUCUAACUGGAUUGUAACUCCCUCGUGGCUUCAAGCUUUUGUCGAGGGCGAGACAUGCUGGUCGGACUAUCAAGUUAUCAUUAACAACCUCCAGCGCAUGUCAAAGCUCUUGAAGCUGAUCCCGGAGGGCGAGACGCCUGAGAAUCGCGCAUUACACCUCACGCGCCGCGAAGCGAACAAGAAAGCUCUGCGCGCCCAUCAAGAACACGUCUGUCUGGGGGUAGAGGCAGAAAUCCAGACUGUAGAAGAUGCGUUGGAAGACUUGUCGGCGAAGGACGGCGUGACACAAGUUGAACUCCAGGGCGCUCGGGACGAGCUCGCCUUCCUCUGCGGUCAUCGAGAGGGCAUCAUUCCUACGACCUGUCCAGCAUCUCGAUCUGGUUCAGACGGGGAGGUAGUCGCGCCCCCGGCGCUCGCCGCGCCCUUCGGCGAGCGCACAGAAAACCGAUCCAAAGUCACACGGGCAUAA